CCCCCUUCUUUCUCUUCUGACGACCAACCACAAUCUCCUGUAGCAAAAUGCAGAUUGCUCUUGUAUUCCUCACCCUCCUCGCUGCCGUCGCUGCGCAGAAUACCACUUCCUCCGCUGCCGGUUCUGCCCCAACUGGCGGCAUCCCCGCCUGCGUUCUUGCCUGCUCGCAGCAAGCGUCCACAGUCGCCAACUGCUCGUUCCUGGACACAUCCUGCUCCUGCCUGAACCAGCAAUUCCAGGCCGCGGCCAACAACUGCCUCGGGGCGAACUGUUCAGCCAGUGACAUAGCCGCCGGCCUCGCUCUGCAGAACGCGACUUGCUCUGGCGUCGCCGGCUCUCUCCCCGUCUCGGGCAGCGUGAACGGUUCUAGCGCUAGCUCUAGCGGCUCUGGCUCGGGUUCCGGCUCUUCUACCGCGGGGGGAUCUACUUCUAGCCCUGCUACCUCCAGCCCGGCUGCAACCCACUCCAGCGCGGCGGGCAUGGCUAAGCCCGUCUCUGUCACCGGUCUUGUCAGCGCUAUCGUCGCCGUCGUGGGCAUGGGCAUCGGUGCCGUGCUCGUUGCUUAACCGGAAGUACGACCCCACCCACCCGAGUACCCUGUCAGGGAACUAGGAAGGGUCGACGACGGAACGGACGGAAAUGACACAUUGGAAAGCCGACAGACAGACAGACGGACAGGAAGAACCUAAUGCCCCACUUCUCUCUCUACCACUCUAUUGCGUUUUUGUACAGCCCCGCUUGGGGGAUUAUUGCCUAUUGCUGAAAA